AUGGACAAGUACGAGGUUGUGAAAGAGUUGGGAGCCGGAAAUUUUGGCGUAGCCAGGCUUAUGAGACACAAAGAAACCAAGGAGCUUGUCGCCAUGAAAUACAUCGAGCGUGGACACAAGAUUGAUGAAAAUGUGGCCAGGGAAAUUAUUAACCACAGAUCACUAAGACAUCCCAAUAUAAUUCGUUUCAAAGAGGUCGUUUUGACGCCAACACAUUUGGGUAUUGUUAUGGAGUAUGCAGCUGGUGGUGAGCUUUUCGAUCGAAUUUGCACUGCUGGUAGAUUUAGUGAAGAUGAGGCUAGGUACUUCUUUCAACAGUUGAUCUCGGGAGUCUCUUAUUGCCACUCCAUGCAAAUAUGCCAUAGAGAUUUGAAAUUGGAGAACACACUUUUAGAUGGAAGUCCAGCUCCCCGCCUCAAAAUCUGUGAUUUUGGUUAUUCCAAGUCAUCAGUGCUGCAUUCAAUACCAAAAUCCACAGUUGGAACUCCAGCAUACAUAGCACCAGAAGUUCUCUCCCGCCGAGAAUAUGACGGCAAAUUGGCAGACGUAUGGUCAUGUGGAGUGACACUGUAUGUCAUGUUGGUGGGAAGUUACCCUUUUGAAGAUCCAAAAGACCCCAAGAAUUUUAGAAAAACUAUUUCAAGAAUAAUGGCGGUUCAAUACAAAAUCCCAGAUUAUGUUUAUAUUUCUCAAGAUUGUAGACACCUACUUUCUCGUAUUUUUGUUGCCAAUUCUUUGAGGAGGCUGACAAUAAAAGACAUUAAGAACCACCCAUGGUUCUUGAAGAACUUGCCAAGGGAACUCUCUGAAUCAGCUCAGGCUAUCUACUAUAAGAGAGAUGAUCCAAGCUUUUCCCUUCAAAGCAUUGAAGAGAUAAUGAAAAUUGUUGGAGAGGCUAGAAACCCUCCUCCGGCAUCAAGGCCGGUUGCCGGAUUCGGGUGGGGAGUCGAAGAAGAAGAAGAGUACGAAGGAGAAUUAGAAGAGGUGGAAGAAGAAGAUGAUGAGUACGAUAGGCAAGUGAAGGAAGUACAUGCAAGUGGAGAAUUUCAUGUCAAUUGA